AUGGAGCGUGCACCUGUGUGCAUGAGGCGCCUGUGGGUGCAUGAGGGGCAUGCGAGCAGUGUGAGUGGGCGCACCAGCAGUGGCGUCGAUGGUGGCGGGGCCGCAAUACAAGGGCUGAACGGGGGCCGUGAGGCUGUUCACCGUGCCGCCCGCCAGCGCGUCCGUGGCGUUGAGGAUGCACACAGCGCCGCCGCACAGGGGCGGGGCGGCGGUGGUGGUGGCGCAGAUGGCGCAGCCGGUGGAGCUCUGGGCGACGCCGUUGGCGUUGGUGCAGGUGCCGGGGGAGGAGAAGCAGUUGCUGCGCACGUCGCACAACUGGAGGGCCAGCGUGGGGAAGGCGCCUGCGAGGAAGUUGUGGUUGACGGCCAGGGCCUUGAGCUUCACAGACACGCCUGGCAGCACGCCCGUCAGGUAGUUGCCACUCACACGCCUGCUUGCAGGGGGGCAGGGGGGAUGGCGGGCCGUGAGUGA